AUGCCUCUGGCAACUCGGCACCUUUCAGAUCUUGGUGCACGAGUGAUCAAGAUCGAGCGACCAGGCAGCGGCGACUUCGUGCGUCACCACGACAAUCGGGUUAGGGGUAAACUCUGCAGUCACUUCGUCUGGAUAAACCGCAACAAGGAAUCCUUGGCUUUGGAUAUCAAGGAUCCGAAGGAUAUGGAGAUACUGCGAAAGCUGGUAUGCGAGAAGGCCGAUGUCUUCGUGCAAAAUCUGAGGCCAGGGGACGCAGAGAAGAUGGGGCUAGGGUAUGAAGAUAUGAAGAGGACGAUGAACGAGGCCUACCCUGGAGAAAACCGAGGCGAUCGUUUGAUCUAUGCGUCGAUCAGUGGAUAUGGAAGCAAUGGGCCUUACGCGCACAAAAAGGCGUAUGACCUCCUCAUUCAGGCGGAGGCAGGUCUGCUGAGUAUCACGGGAACUGAAGGCGAGAUGGCGAAGGUGGGUUGUUCCAUUGCGGACAUUUCAGCAGGCAUCUAUGCAUACAGUAGUAUCAUGGCAGCAAUCAUGCAGAGGCAGAAGACGGGACGCGGAUGCGUGAUAGACGUCUCCAUGCUGGAGUCACUGGUAGAGUGGAUGGGUUUCCCCUUGUAUUAUGCUUUUGAGGGGCAGUCGGGCCCCAAAAGAGCCGGAGCAUCGCAUGCUAGCAUCUACCCUUAUGGGCCGUUCUCGACGGGGAUGGGACCUGACGGCAAGGAGAGUGCAAAGGUGAUGCUCGGCGUACAGAACGAACGGGAAUGGAAGAUCCUGGCCACAGAAGUACUGCAGCGGGAGGACCUUACCACAAAUCCAAAGUUCAAAAACACUGCAUCGCGCAGCGACAACCGAGCUGAACUGGAAGCCAUCAUCAGCGGGAUCUUUGCCUCGUGGGAAGGUGGUGCGGAAGAGGUGGUGAGAAGACUUGAGCAGGCGGGGAUCGCAAAUGCAAAGGUGAACGACAUGCAGGGUGUGUGGGAACAUCAGCAGCUCGCAGCUCGAGGUCGGUUUCGAGAAGUGGACACUGAGGUCGGUCCCGUCAAAUCCUUCUUGCCUCCUGGCAUGAGCGCGGAGGUUGAAGCAAGGAUGGAAAGAAUCCCCACGAUCGGAGAGCACAACGACAGCAUUUUGAAGGAGCUUGGUGUUGCCAGGGAAUAG